ACUUGCAUGAAAAAAACGUAUAAUGUUUCUUCAUAAUUCAUUUAUUGCCCAGAUGUUCUCUUAUCGAGCAAAUCUUGCCAGAAAAUAAAAUUUGUGUUGGCUUCAUUGAAAAAUUAUGAUGGCGGGAAAACAAAUUUCCGGAGAUUGAUGAAAUAUGGCUGGCACUACUAGAUUGUAUCACCAGGGGACAAACUAUCAAGACGAGUUUGUGAAGACACUGGAGGAAGAGUAUUGCAUCAAGAUUAACCAAAAAUCUGAACAUGAUACUUCAAUGGGAGGCAUGCUGCAGAAAAUGAAGUCAUGGAAUUCAGAGCCUGAUAACUCCCCAGCCAAGUCAGACAAGAGUUUAUCUCCGGGAAAUAACCAUUCACAAUGUGAACGAUAUCCUUUAAACGGAACUCAUUUCACGUAUGAAAAAGCAAAAUUGAAAGCUCUGUCACAGAAAAAAGUUGAGAAAAACUUGGCAUCCAUUCCAAAGGACAGUACAAUAAAAAUGAGGGAAAGACGUUUGAAAAGGAAGCGUGAAGAGGAUGAAGUGGCAGACACCCGACCUAAAAGAAGAAAAAUGAAUUCUUUGAAUGAUAAGGUAUCGAGUCAAGUUGACGGACCUAAUGGUUUGAUACGCUUCUCUACAGGGGUACACGAUGCUCGGGAAAUUAUUGAGGCAAGACGGGCAAGUAGACUAGAGAAUGAGAAGAUGUUAACGCAAAAAGAAAAACUUGAAAGUAAGGAAGAGUUCUUCACCAAUAAACAAAAAGGUAAAGAGAAGCUAAAGGGGAAUUCAACACAACGUGAACAGUCAAAUCCCAGUUUAUUUGAUAGCUCAAAUAAAGUAGACAGCUCUCUGAUAAAGGUGCUUGAUCAGAACUUGAACCACGUGACUAAUGGCCUUAAUACAGACAAUCUAAAAGAAAUCUAUUCGAAAAAGCUGCAAGAAGUGAAUGACCUCAGUCCGUUUAAAGGUCAAAUGAGUGCUUUUGAAAUAUCCUUACUGAAGGGUAAACAAAAUCUUGAAAGAAGGAAAAGUAUUGAAUCUGCAACUUUGAGGUGUUCUCCACGAAUGAACGCCAAUGUGCCUAAACCAAACUAUCGGGAGAAAAAGCGGAACAAUAGUAGGUUAUCGUUAGCGUCAUCUCUUGAUAGACACGUGGAGAAGUUAGGUAAGAAAGAAAAACUAAAUGUGAAACAGAGACGUAAAAGAACAAGGACCACUGAAAGAGCUGGUUCCCUCUCACCAAGUUCAGAAGAAAAUAAGAUUAUAACAUCAGUGCCAAAGCGAAGGAAAUCCAAAGCUAAUCUUAAAACUGCCGACAGUUUGGACUCAGAAAUCUCUUUUAAUUACAGGUCAAGUUGUUCUCCGAAGCUCAAAACACUACCUACACGGCUUUCUCUAGAUAGCUUAUCAGCAGGGACCAGUGACAUAUAUCAGGGAUCAGCUUUUACAUCAUUGCGUCAACCGAUUACAACCAAUAAAAUCUCAGGGAACCCAGCAACAACAGCAUUACAUACACCUGUCUUUAUUCAAUCUGACAGUAAAUUAUCAUCAAGUUUUAACAAGCCAUUAGAGCGUCCUAAAACACUUCCUGUUGAAGCAAGUGAAAAUUUGAAGAAAGUGGAGGAACAAUGCUAUAGUAAAGCCACUGUGACAGCUAAGAAUAAGAAUGAACAAUUAAGCAAGAUUAAAGGCAAAAAAAGCCUCGAAGAAACUGUAAAUAUGUUGAGACGCAACACGAGUGCUAAAUGUAAGGAAACAUCUCAUGGAAAAGUGUCUUUAACUCCAUCUAGAUCAGAUAGUCGAACUUCCCGCAGGUCGUCUAGAUCAAGCACCCCAAAUAUGUCUCCGAUCAAAUCCGAAAUCCUUACGCCGAACAGUACUCCUUGUUCGUCACCUACGAAGUCUCCGUGUACAACACCUGUGUGUACAGGAGGUGGUACGAAGGUCAAGAAGAUAAGUAAAAAGAAAAAAUACUUAUUCUCACGUAAUGAUGAAGUGCUCGCUAGAUGGCAUGACGGACUAUACUAUCUUGGGAAUAUACUUCGGAUUGAUGACCGAUCGAAGAAGUGUUUGUUGAGAUAUGAAGAUAAAUCAGAGUACUGGUCAUUGUUCAAAGAUAUACAUAGAGUAUUAAAGGAGGAGGAAAUGACCUGCUGUAUAUGUUUGAGUGAUGUGUCUGAGCCACCUAACGAGAUUGUCCUCUGUGAAUAUUGUCUGCAAGGUUUUCAUCAACAAUGUCACAAUCCUAAUAUCGGCUGUGGAAAGAUUGUUGACCCCGACGAGCCGUGGUAUUGUAGGACGUGUGUCUUCUUUCUUGUCUCAAGUGGGGCUGGCAAGACUGACAAAGAACUACAAUUAGAUGACGAAAUGACCAAGAUGAAGCUAGAAUUACCCUACAACCUGGAAACAUUGACUUGGGACCAACAACAUAAAAAUAACCUGGAGGCUACAUACUGUUACUGCGGAGGUCCUGGAAUGUAUGUUUAGUUGAUUUAAUUCCUUUUUAAUGAUA